UGUUUUAAUAAAGGUUGUACACAAAUAGAAUAUUUUGUUUUGAAAAGUUAAAAGUUAAAAAGAUAAAAUUUAAUUUAUAAUUUGUCCAAAUAGUAAUUUAUUACAAUACAUUACAUCGUUUUUUCGAAUUAUAUUUUUAUACAGUGUUCUUCCUUAGAUAUAUAUCUAUAAAAAUGGCACACACAUUUAGUGUUAAAAGCUUAUGUCAUUUGUGUAACAUGGCGUCGAACGAGAAUAGCAAUUUUCAGAAAGUUUUGGAGUUCAAAAUUUAUAAAUGCUCCAGCUUUUCUUCAUCUUAUGUGCCAGAAAAUAUUCUUGUAGAUAAACCAUCGGAUCAGACAUCGCGCUGGUCUUCCGAUAUUGACACUUAUCCACAGUUUCUUAUAUUAAAAUUACGAUUUCCCUCGAUUGUAAAAACAAUUACAUUUGGUAAAUAUGAGAAAACACAUGUGUGUAAUAUAAAAAAAUUUAAAGUAUACGGUGGUUUAGAACCAGAAAACAUGAUGGAACUUUUAGAGAAUGGAUUAAAAAAUGAUUCAGUACCAGAAACUUUUGAUCUGAAACAUAUAUUAGGAAAUGAGGAAAAUUAUUUUCCAGUUAGAUAUAUAAAGAUUGUUCCAUUACAAUCCUGGGGCCCUAGUUUUAAUUUUUCUAUUUGGCAUGUGCGAUUAACUGGCACUGAUGAUGUUAAAAUUGUAAAGCCUAGUAUAGAAUGGCUUAAUGCGUACCGCCAAAAAGAAGUAAUAAGACUGUGUAUGAAACACUUUAGAAAACUUGAACAAUCAGAAAUUGUAGAUACUUUACAAAGAGUGACUGGUGUUCCACUUGAGGAUCCUAGAUUGACUGGAUUAUAUGACUUAUUAGUUACAAAAGGUGAUCAUUUGCAAGCUGAAUGUUUUAUAAGUAAUGCAGUAAUGUUGGGUCUCCUGAAUGACUAUAUCAAUGCUCAAACUUAUAGAGCAGUUUGGACUAAGUUAUCAUUCACUGAUGGUAAACCAGGAAUGAGAGGAGGUCAUCAAAUGGUUCUUGAUCCGAGUGCAGAACUUCUUUAUCUUUUUGGGGGAUGGGAUGGAAAUCAAGAUCUUUCAGAUUUGUGGGUGUAUAACAUAGCUUCUAACAAGUGGACCAUUAUAUGUAAAGAUACAGAAGCUGUGGGUGGUCCAAGCGCGAGAUCUUGCCACAAAAUGUGCCUUGAUCCAGAACGUAGGCAACUUUUUACUCUUGGUAAAUACUUAGAUGCAGAAUACAGAACGCCGGAAAAUUUAAAGAGUGAUUUUUUUGUCUAUGAUAUUGAAUCAAACAAAUGGACACAAAUAUCAGAAGAUACGGGUGCUGUAGGAGGACCUCAAUUAAUUUUUGAUCAUCAAAUGUCCAUGGAUGUUGAAAAACGGACAAUUUAUAUAUUUGGUGGUCGUGUACUUGUUUCUCCAACAAACUCCGAAGAACACGGUAUGGUAUCAAGUUCAACUGAACCAAUUUUUUCCGGAUUAUAUUCUUAUCAUGUACCAACUGGUACAUGGAAUAGGCUUGCCUGUGACAUUGCAAGACCGUGUCCUACUAAUGCACCAACUAUUAGAUCUCGAGCUGGUCAUUCUAUGUUAUUCCAUCCUAGAUUGCGGAAGCUAUAUAUUUUCGCGGGUCAAAGAGGCAAAGAAGAUCUUAGCGAUUUUUUCACAUAUGAGGUCGAUACAAAUCAUAUCGAACAUAUUUUUAAUGAUUUUGGUGCUAAAGAUUCGAAUCAUGUUCCGGCAGCUGGAUUUACACAAAGAGCUACAAUUGAUCCUGAAUUAGGAGAAAUAUAUGUUUUAUCGGGUUUAAGUAAAGACAAGGGUAAAAGAUUUGAUAGCGUUCAAAAUUCUUUUUGGGUAUAUAGUAUUAAAAACAAUAAAUGGUCUUGUAUUUAUCGAAAUGAUAAUGUCGGAGAGAAAUAUUGGAGUAAAAUGCAAGAUUAUGAACCAUGUCCACGAUAUGCGCAUCAAUUAGUUUAUGAUCAUGUAAAAAAGGUUCAUUUUUUAUUUGGAGGAAAUCCUGGGAGAUCCUGUCUUCCUAACUUACGACUCGAUGAUUUCUGGCAAUUAAAAUUAUGCAGACCGUCUCAUGAACAAAUUUUAAAAAAAUGCAAAUUACUUAUUAGAAAACACAAAUUUAAAGAACUAGCUUUGAACAAUAGUGUCGAAGCGCUUGAAUAUUUACAGACCGAAGUAUCGGAAAUUAUUGAUCAUAAUGAUGCGGAACAAACGAAAGAGUUUCAAUUGUUAACAUCCCUUCUAUUCAGAGAACAAAACUUGUUAGGAGAAGCCACAAAUUCAAAUAGUUCAGACGCCGUAUUAGGAAAUUUAGUUAACAUGGAUACAUCGUUAUGUUAUUCGACUACUCGCGAUAUUCAUACUUUGAGAACUGAAUUAUACGAUAAACUAACAGAAUUUUUUCCCGAAUCAUCGACCCAACCCCGUGCUAAUUUGAUUGAUCUUUUACCAUUGUGAUCUAACAAUAAUUAAAAUCUAACUAAAAAUAUUUUGAAAUGUAAAGCAAACAAAUUCCUUUCGUUAUCUUGUAAAGACAUUUCUUAUUAUAUCAAAACAAUUUUUAUCUUUAAAAAGAAACGUUAUUUUUAUAACGUAAUUCUUUGUAUUUUAAAAAGAGAAAAAUAUUCUCAGAUAUAGACGUGCAAUCUCUCCUUCUCUUUACACAAUCUAAUUUUUUGCAUAAAGAAUGAAUUAAAAAGAGAAAGAUAUAUUCAUCAUGAUACAUUUAAGAAAGCGAUUAUCGAGACAAAGGUGUUUAGCCUGUCUGUUUCCUUCUUCUUUUUCUAUUGAGUUUUCGUUUAUUUUGGACAUAAUUCUAGCCGUUUUUACUACAUCUAGAUUUCUUAAAUUCAUUUGUAAAUUUUAUUUUAUAAAAUCUGAUUAAUAUUAUAAUUGCUAAGAUCUGAUAAAUAUUAUAAUUGCUCACUCUAAUAACGUUACGUUGUUCAAACCCAUUUCAACUACCAACGAAUUGGAGUUACUGUGUUAUGAUAUAUAGUAACAUUUGUCUAUAAAUAAUUAUCGUUCUUAAAGCAAUUAAAGAAUGACUAUUUUUAAAAGUUCUUUUUUAUCUAUUGUAUAUAUAUCGAAGGGAUGCUUUGCAAAUUUUUAUGAAACGAAAACUCGUUAAAUGUUGUAAUGUUAAUGAGAAAUUGCAACAUAAGUGCAACAGAUAGGCAAUGCAUUAAAAAAUGUAUAUUCUUCUAUUUUUAUGGCUUCACUUUGUUCGCU